AUGUCCUCCAACGUCGGCCUCACAACCCCGCGCGGCAGCGGCACAUCAGGCUACGUGCAGCGCAACUCCGCGCUCCUCAAACCCCGCAACACAGGAUACGGCGCUCCCUACCCGCCGAUCAGCGGCGCAAACGGCAGCGGGCCAAUGGACCGACCAUUCAAGCAGCGGAUGCCGGACAAGCAGAUCCUUGAGCAUGACCGCAAGCGCGCAAUCGAGGUGAAGGUUAUGGAAGAGCGGGAGCGACUGGAAGAGGAGAAUGAGCGGAUUGAAGAGGAGGCGGAUGAUAAGAAGAAGAAGGCUAAGAGUGGGGCCAAGAAGGAAGAAGGUGGUGAGGAUGGUGAGGCGGAUGAGGGGGAGAAGGUUCUUAGUGAAGAGGAGAUUGAUGAACGGUGUGAUACUCUUCGGCAGCGGUUGCUGAAGGAGCUGGAGGAGGAUUUGAAGCGCGGAGAGUCCGGAUUUAAGAAGCCUUUCCCUGGGUCUGGAUCUGCUGGUAGGGACAGACGCAAUCUUAAGUCUUAUCAGGUUCAUGAGCUUGCUGAGGCGAAGAUUGAGGAGACGGAGAGGUUGCGUAGGGCUUUUGGGUUGAGGGAGGAUCGGGAGACUGGGGAGAUUUCUAGUUCCCGGGAUUAUCGGGAGAAGAGGAGGGAUUAG